GCCCAGGCCCUGGCUUUUUUCCCUACCCCGGCCAGCCAGGCAAGGCCUCUCCCAGGGCUGAGGUGGACCCGGCUCUGUGCCCGACUGCCAGGAGCUACUGCUAUGUAAUGUUUCCACUGGUGGUAGCUGUUCUGGUGAUAGCCGUGAUGAAAAAUUAUAAAGAAACUUCAAGACUUACCGGCAUUGCUCAAGUCCUUCAGAACAUGGAGCUGAGGGGACUGGAGAUGAAAAUGGAGCCGAAAGGGCUGUUCCCAACUGCUGUGUUCAAAGAGAAACUCCGGGAGAUAUCCCUGCGACGGAUCUUCGGGUCCAGUCAGAUUUUGCGAAACCUCGAGGACCCCAGCGGAGUGAAGUCCCCAAAAGUGAUUUUGCAGAACAAGAUAAAGGAGCACUGUCAGCGAGGGAAGGAGUUCUUCUCCCAAGGCGAGUGGGAGAAAGCUGUCAUUUGCUACUCCAAAGCCAUUAACCUGGACCCUCAACAGGUGGAGUUCUAUGUACAGAAGGCAGAAGCUUUUCUCCAGCUGUGUGAUUUCCAGUCUGCUGUGUUGAACCUUAGAAAGGCCUAUACCUUGUCCUCUGCGAAGGAAGAAUAUAUAGUGCGCAUGGCCUUCAUUCUUUACCUGCAGGGCCAAUGUCUGCUUGACCAAGAGGUCUAUUGGGAUGCUUUGGACUCCUUCAUUCGAGCCUCAGAGUUGCAGCCCAAAAACUCAGUCUAUCGGAGGAAGAGCAUCACCUGUCUUGCUGCUCUGAACAGAUUCAGUGACUGUUUUCGGCUUGUCAAUGAAGAGCUAGCUCAGGAUUCAAAGAACCCAGAUCUAUACAUCCUGAGAGCCAGGCUGCAUGAGCAAUUCUGUCAGGCUACCUUGUGUUACCAGGACGUCCAGGAGGCCAUUGCUUUGCAGCCCCAGCACAAAGAAGCUCGGAUUCUAAUGCAGAGGCUGCUGAAACGAGCACAGAAAGCCAAGAACCAGGCUAUAAAUAAGGCCUUGAAGGGAAACCUGAAGGAUGCCCUGCUCAGAAUCACUUUUGCCAUAGAGAAUAAUCCCUUUGAUGCAGGGUACUUCAUCUUCAGAGGGACUCUACACAGAAGACUUAAGGACUUCAAUGCAGCCAUUGAUGACUAUAUCAAGGCUGCAGAGCUCUGUGAAGAAGGGGGAGCUGAGGCCAUGGAGGUGCAACAACAGCUCCUGCUCACGUACAAUGACUUUGCAGUGCACUGCUACUCUAAGGGCUCCUUUGAAGAAGCUGUGAUGCUCCUCAACAAAGCGCUGAAAGGGGAGAAGAACGAGAAGGGACUCUAUGUCAACAGAGGAGAUUGCCUCUUUAGGCUGGGAGAACUAACCUUUGCCUUGGCGGAUUAUCAGCAGGCGCUGGAGUUAAGUCCGACAGACUUUAGUUUGCGAAGACGUGUUGGUAUGUUGCUUGAUGAGCUAGGAUUGCAGGAACAUAAGCAAAGAAAGUACCAACGGGCAGUGUACUGUUUCUCUGGUGCUAUCGAGAGUAACCCUCGUGAGUCACACUAUUACCUGCACCGGGCCAAGAGCCGCCUGUUCCUGCAGGAUGUGAUGAGUGCUAAGGAGGAUGUGAUCACAGUUCUGUUGCUGGACCCUGAAAAUGAGGCGGUCCUACCUGUUGUAACCAGCCUCUUUCCAGGACAGCCCAUCCAGGAUAUUAUUAGCAGUAAGAUUGCUGAGGUUGCCAAAGCAAUCUUGGAAAGAAAGAUUCAAACCUGCCCCUAUUUCAACAGCCCAGCUAAAUUCAAAUGGCCACCCAGAGCUCUGGAAGAUGAACCAAAGGAACAAAGUGCUCCAACUGAAGAGCUUCAGCAGCCACAGAGUGCCCAGCAGAAUUCAGAGAGCGUUCUCAGACCCUGUGCAACAGAACAUGAACUGUAUAAGCAGAUAGAUAGCUCCAGGAGGAACGUGAGCAAAGUAAGCGAAGCUGUCUUGGAGGCAAAACAGUGAGAGGCAGGAAAAGUCAGAGUACAAAUACUGCUACAGCUGCAUGUUAGAGACGGCUGCCUGGGUUACAGACACCAACCUGUGUUUCAAUGCAAAGUAGGUGUGCUUAGUCACCUUUCUUGCUGCCUUGACUAAUAAAUAUAUUGCUUCUUUCUUCACUUCUAGCUCCUUCAGUUUCUUUUUUGGUGGGAGGGCACCUGUGGAGACACCCUUUCCUGCUGCUAGGUGUGAACCCAGCCACUGACCAAGCAGCUUAGGAACUGAGGUUCCAAAUCAGAAAAGUCACUAUUUACAGUCUCUGCUAUACUGCAAGCAAAUACCACAGGAGAAUGCUGGAUUAACAAGAAACUGGUAACAUUGCUGCUUUAGAGAUAAACAUCUAAGGGAAUGUUCCUGCAUAGUGAUAAGACUUGGAUUUUGAAAUGGCCAGGAAAGCAGACUAGCUCCAGACGAGCCAUGCACUGAAUGCAGGCUGAG